CGGCAGCCCUUCUCUCUGGCCCAUGGUGUUUACUCAAACCCUGCGGCUCAUGCACGCGAGACUCACGCGUGUAUGGGACCGAUAUGAGGUUCCGGCUGGAAAGUGCACGUUGCAAUGUGUAUAUCGAGCGUAGCUUUAGACGACAAGGCGUCGAAAGGAAAUGCUUCCCCGGCAAAUGGCAAUGGUUGCUUACUCGCUAUGUUUGUUUCAGUUGUUGACUCUCAAUGGUCAUUUUCCACUUCGAAGAUUCAGAACUUCGAUAGGAAAUUCGCAGCGAAGAUAUUGAACGGGUUCAGACAUAUGUAG